GUUGGUAGCGGCUUUGGCACGUACCUCAGAGACACCUAAACCAGCACUAUGCCGGCUUUCGAGAUUGAUACCAACGCCCCUGAGGCGAAGAUCACGCCCGAGGUGGUCAAGGAGCUCACAGAGCUUCUCGCCGAGAUGCUGGGGCUGGAAACCAAGUAUCUGACGGUGAUCUUCCGUCCCAACCCGCGCAUGAUGUGGGCCGCCACGCCGGAGCCCUGCGCCGUCUGCCGUCUCACUGCCAUCAACAACGUCAACGAGGAAGCCAACCGGAAGUACACAGAGAAGGUCUUCAAGUUCAUGAACGACAAGUUCGGCAUUCCUGGAGACAGGAUGUACGUCAUCUUCUUCAACCCCGCCAGCACCCACGUCGGCUUCACGGGUCGCCUGUUCUCCGACCUGAUGCGAUAGGGUGUCGGCGCCGCAGGAGGCGGUCUGCCGCCACGCGAGGGAACACCGCUGUCGUGACACUGCACGAUCGAUGGCGUCUCCUGCGACACGGGGCUGCGCGUGCGGUGGGGGUGCGGUGGCACUCCGGCGCAUCGCACACUGCCUCCGAACUGUACCAUCGCGCACUGCCUCCGAUCUGCACGGCAACGGAGGCCUCUCCUCGUUCGCGUCGUCACUCCGCGCCUGCGUGUAAAACGUUUACACCCUUUGGUCUGCUCCUAGAUGCGUUGUACUUUGUAAUUAGGUAGGAUGCGGGACAUCCUUCAGCUUGAAUCGAUACUUGUAUCAGAUGUAGGUGUAAAAAUUACCCAUAAGAUGUACUUUAAUGGCGGAAUACUUAGGGUGUUAAGCACUGCUCUGUUCGCCGUUGCCUCUCACUGCCAUGUUCCCAAACGCAUAUUUUAAAUACAUAUAUGAUGCACCAA